AACAUAACAUUCGUGAAAGGCGUAAAUUAGAAGUUGUAAAACGUUCUGAUGUUACUUCAGCAAUAAACAUAAGUGUAACAUAUUACUUGCUUUUUCAGCGAUCAUCGCCCCGCUUUAUACCACGCUAUAAUAUACCAAUUAUUUUCUUUGUAUCGUUAAAUAUACUUAUGUUCCUACUUGGAGGUAUCGGCGACCCACUAUUACUAGAUGCGGCAGCUCGUUAGGCAGAAGCUUUUUCUAUUUCGUUCAGGACCACUUGAACUAUUAGAAAAACACUUAAAGGCGCCGAAUGACAACAUUGUGACCUUCAUUUAGCAGUAACAAAUGAGAAGCUGGCCCUCUUAUUACCUGGUCAUCUGAGUGAGAAUGUCUACAAAGGCAAGACGCCGUCUUAUGAACGAUUUCAAGAAAAUUCAACUUGAUCCUCCUCCUGGUGUAUACGCUGUUCCACUUGAUGACAACAUAAUGAAAUGGCAUGCAAUUAUUUUGGGGCCGGAUGGCACAGCAUUCGCAGACGGUAUAUUUCGGCUAACAAUGGAGUUCACCGAGAACUAUCCUAACGUCCCACCGAUUGUGCGAUUCGUUUCCAAAAUGUUUCAUCCCAAUGUGUAUAGUGAUGGUAGUAUAUGUUUGGAUAUAUUGCAAAAUAUGUGGUCUCCGUCAUAUAACAUUGGAGCAAUCUUAACAUCAUUACAGUCACUUUUGGGGGACCCGAACCCCAACUCUCCUGCAAAUACGACAGCAGCAGAAUUAUUCGAAGAAGACAAACGCCAGUAUGAAACACAAGUCCGAGUCAUUGUUGAGGAAUCGUGGCGAAACGAUGAGUCUGUUGAUUGACUUCGUACUGUAUUUGAGCACUUGCUUUAUGUACUUGUAAAUAAUAUUAAUUUCUGAAGUGUACCAGUUCUUAUAGCAUAAGGUAUGAAUAACAUAUUAUCUAGGACCUAGUUUACAUACACUACUAUUUUUAAUAUGGCAAUUUAUGAAAUCA